AAAAUCUAUGGGAAUGGGGUCUUAUUGUGAGUAGAAAUUAUGCUAUUGUGUUAAGUUAAACUGCAGUGUUGGAUCGGUUACAGUGGGCUAUUUAAAAGAAUAUUUCCCUUCUGGAUCACUUUUUCCCCACAUUAAAACUUCACUUAUAUAUCAGUACAAAUGUUAACCAAGAAUGAUGACAAAAAGGGGAAUUCUUCCCUUUUUUCAAUUCAUUUUAUUAUGCAUGAAGAGUUGAAAAAAAUAAGGGAUUUGGAAAUACAGACACCCACAAAAGAUUAUAAAUGAAAUAAAUAUUGCGAAGUUGCCAAAUGUAUUGGGUCUGAAAUAUCUGAAAAUGACAAAAAGGGCAAUUUUUCAUUAAAACUAUAAGUUUCAGACAUUACUGUGUACAAAUGACAGAUUAAGCUUGUAAUCAAUUGUAUGAUUUAUUAUGAGCUUAAAGUGUGUGGUUUUAUGCUGGGUAAUUUCCUGUCACUCAUAAUCCAUCUGACUGCAAACAGCAACGACAAUCUCAAACCAGAAAUAUGUGUAUAUCAUAGGCAGGAAGCCAUUUGGGAGGUCUAUAUGCUAUAACUAUCUUGUGAUUUGAUAGUCUGUGUGUCAGAUAUAGAGUUAUGUAUGGAGAAGUUGCAUAACUCUGACUGAUAUAACACUCUUAAAAGAAGGAUCUGUUAUUUAACUGGAUUGGUGUGGGGAUAUUGUGUAGCAGAAAAUGCGUACAAAAUUGAUCACAUUCUUCCAUGUUUAGAUGCUGCUGUCGUGGCGCGAGUUUAUGUUACAACAUAUGCUAGACAUAAAACAAAAUGUUAAUGAGACAUAUUUUAAGAUUUUUAUUAAAAAAACUCAUCAUAUGUUUUUUACAGAUGACCCAAAAGAUAUAUUAUUGAUUUUCAUGCAAAAGAAAUCAUUAAGAUCCAUCACAGGCAUUUAGAGUAGAAGAUUACAUAAUAUAAUGGGCAUCAUUAAAGUACCCCAGUAUAAUUGCAAUCAUAAACCCUUUGUAGAAUUUAUAGGUCCUUCCCUGCAUAAUCAUAUUUAUAUUAAUCCAGUAAUAAAGUUGUUUGCAAAACUAAUCAUUAUACUUGUUCAAUUCAAUAUUAACCUGUGAUGAGGAAGAUUUAAAUUAAGCAUGCAUACCCUGGUGUAAAUUACCAGUGUAACACAACGGGAGUCCCUUAUUACCUGGUGUAUCACAGAACACCUAUGUUGGCAGGAGGGCUUAUUAUUUACAGCAACACUAUUUUGUUACACCUGUUCUUGGCCCAUCAAGAGCUGUCGCAGCCUUGGCAGGGGUUGUGGAAUGCCGGGUGGUACUUGAUAUCUCUCCAGCCCAUAUCUUGAUAUUUAGGAACAUUUCACUUAUGCAUCAUCUUGUGACACAUCAUUGGAGGAAAAAGGAAGGCACUUAUUCAGUCAUCUCCUCAUAAAGUACAGUACAGCUGGCCCAGCUUAAGAUGCUUGAAUGCUUGCCAGUGGUAGACAAAGAUUAUUUGGGGCCUGCCAGUUAGAAUAUUAAUUCCAUUGAGAAAUACAACCCUAAGUGGAGUAAAUACUUUUGCUUUGGGAGGUGUACAAGAGCGCUGUUCUGUGCCUGUGGUGACAGCUAAUGGAGAGUCACUGAGUUGUAUACUUUCCUGGCUCUGUGGCAAUUUACUGGUUGGCAGACUUUCAGAGAUUGGUAGAGAGUUUGGUCAAGGGAGGACAGUUAUGUGACAGAUCAUGAUGCUGUGUUUGAGAAAUUAGCUGGCAGAUUACUCUGAAUCAGUUGAAGAAUAGGCAGAAUGGCACAUUUCUGUGGUGGUUUCUGUGGCAGGAGAUGGAGCAGGAAAAAGAAAUUUUCUGAAGAAGGCAAACCUAAAAAGGCCAACAAGAGAUGGUCAGACAUUUUCCAGACUUCAGUGAACUCUUCUUCAGAUUCAGAAGAGAUACCUGAAACAAAUGAGAAUGAAAGAAAUGAGAUGAACUCAAAGAAAGCUGAGGAAAAAUCUAAAGAUGAUAAUGAACCUGUCAAGAAAGUUGAAAAAGAGGCCAAGAAUCAAGCUAAAGACAAGCUAAAGAAGAGAUCAUCCUUUAGGAAAAUGGAUAAGAACCAGAAAAACAAAAGCAAGUCAGACAAGGCUGAAAAAUCUGUUCCCCUUUCAAAUGAGCCAGCAUCUGAUGCAGAAUGGCAGACAGUUCAGAUCAGAUUAUCAAAGAGAUACACCAAAGAUAAAACAGAAUUCGUAAGAAAUGAAAAAGAAAAUAACAUAGAUGAAACCCAUCUUAAUGGAAAAGAUAAUCCUGCUUUUAUUAAUACCUCUCCUGUUUUAAUUACCAACAGUGAUGCCAGGACCUCCCAGAGAAAUAACAACAAAAACAAGAAAAAUUCCAAGGAUGAUUCACCCUGUAGUCAAGAAACGCUCCCUGACAUGAACAGAUCUCCUGAAAUAACCAAGAAAGAUCCCAAACAUGAUCUGGAUUCUGGCUUUGUUGAGUUUGAUCAUACAGAAGUGGCAUCAUCUGAAUCUGCCAUUGAGGCUCCUCCAUUAGCACAAAACUUGGUCCGCUUUAGUGCAGACCUGUUUGCUUCAGAGAAAACUCUAGUUCAUACAAGUCACAGUGCAGAUGACAGUGGUUACAAUGGAGAAACAGGUUGGCAAAGUAACAGAAUUAGCCAAGGAAACCAUAGAAACAGUUGCCACAGGUACAUAGACUAUGUAUGUAUACUUGAGAAAGCAACAGAGUUGCAGCCAGCAAAUUUGGAGAUGGUGGUGGUAGAGGAUUAUGAUCCUCCCCUUGAUUGGGCAGCUAAAGAUGAAGUAGCCAUUACCAAAGGAACCACAGUCACUGCCAUGUACAGCCAAGGUGGUUGGCUUUUUGUAAAGCGUCAUGAUGACAAGAAGGGUUUUGUCCCUUACCGAUCAGUAAGGAUUUUAGAAAAUGACAAGAAAAGUAACAUUAAGUAUGCAAGAGUCAAUAAAAGUUGCCAGCAGAAUGUUAGCAAGGUUCGCUUUCAGAUUGGUAACUUAGAAAAGAAAGAAAAGCAGGUAUAUGCUGCAAAUAUAUUGUCACAUGGCCACACUGAUCCUCUGUCAAAUGAACUGGAAAAUAGUUAUGAUGCUGAUGUUUCCUAUUCAGAUGAGGAAAAUGAUCAUUCAAAUAAUGAACCAAAGAGGUUCUACUAUUAUGAUGAUUUUGAUCUCUUCAGAGAUCAAAACGUCCAGAAAAGAGAGAAAGCAUCUAUGGCCAGAAUUAUCAGCGAGAGCAACAUCUGCCAAAUGGAAGCUGGAGCACGUGACCCAGUCUUUGUCCAAUCAAACCUCAGCAUUAGCUUGCUUGAAUUACAGGGGAAUUUUAGCAAAGACUAUGCAGGAUCAGCUGUGACUGUCAUUUGUAACUACAAGGCUGUCAAUGAGAAUGAUAUCAGUGUGGCUCGUAAUAGUGUGGUUACGCUGCUCAAUGAUGAGGACCCAGACUGGGCCUGGAUUAUGAGAGAGGAUGGGGAGGAGGGAUUUAUCCCAAAGAGCCACUUUGUUAACUUACAAGCCCUUAACUUAGAUCCUAAAGUGCCAACUACAUAUUUUUAGAAUAGUAGAACAUUGAUAUCUAAAGUCCAUAACUAUGAACUAUUUUCUAGAUUUUGUAUAAUUCAGAAAGUGCACCUUAAUCAAAUGCCUAAGCAACAUAUUUUCCAUCUUAGAAGACUACAAAAACUAACUAAUUGGCAUUAAGAAUGCUACUGACCAGUCCAAAAAUACAUUAGGUGAAAUGUUUAAAAACAUGAUUGAGAUGAUACAUUUAAUCAUUUACAUCAUACAGUUUGAUGAUACAAUUCAGUGUGCAUUCAGUUAGAAUGACAUACAGAAAAAGAUGAAAAUGGUAAAUUUUACCACAAAUUAUAAAACUUGGUUGAUAGUAUGAUCAAUUCUAUAUUGUAAGAUUUAACGUUGACACAGUCACAUUAUUGCAAAACUGCCUACAAGGAGUUCCCUACAUGUAUGUCUUGUGCAAAGAAGCAUGAGAUGUGGCAGAUCCCAUUAUUUAUUGACACAAAAUUUAAAUUUUAGAGACAGAUUUGCAUAUUCGUUAUAUAUUCAUUUAUUUGCAGUAAACUGAAAAUGCUAAUACAUUGUUGAAAAAUAUGGAUUAAAUGUAGUCUGUUUGACCAAAAAAGUUGAGCAAUAAACAACAAAUGUAAACUUCUAA